GGGGAGUGUUUGGUGCCAAGAAGGGGCAUACGAGCCCUGCUGGGGGGACACCCUGCUGGAAGGAUGCAGCUCAAUGGCCUGCACAAGCAGCUGUGCAGCACCAACGGUGCCUUUUCUCCUUGUGCUCCCCCAAGCAGGACUGAGCUGCCACUCCCAUCCCUGCUCUUUCCCUGCCUUCCAGGCUCAAACUGGGGGAGCCCCAUGAGGGCUUCUGCUGGGGUGGGUGGGCUCGGGGCCCCUUUUUCCAUAGACAGCUCAUGAUGGCCCACCUGAGCCUUUUGGGGUGAACAGUUUGCAACUUCUGACCUCCUCACCUCUGCCUCCCUCUCCACAGGAGUGCCACCACUGAGAUGGAGGCCCUGCUCCCUGGUCUCUCUCUGCUUCUUCUCCUCCUGGCAGUGGGAUGGGGAAGCGGGAUGGACGCAGCCCAGGCAACAUCUCCUGGGGGCUGUGAGCUUGUGCAGAGCAUCAUGGACUGCACUGGGAGAUGGCUGAGUUCCAUCCCAGGAAACCUUCGAGACGAUACUGAGGAGCUGUUUUUUGAUGACAACACUAUCCAGGUCCUGGGAAAUGCCUCUCUGCUCCUGUAUCCCCAGCUCUGGCAUCUCAGCUUGACCAGGAACCGGCUGGAGCUUAUUGAGCCUGGUGCCUUCCUCAGCAGCCAAGGCCUGGAGGUGCUCUCCUUGACAGACAACCUGCUCUUCACCAACUACUCGCUGACAGCUGCUGCUCUUUCUGCUCUGCCGGCCUUGAGGACACUGGAUCUGGCUGGAAACCAGCUCAGGGAGGACAUGGUAUCAAUUUUAGUCUCAAACCUCUCUUCUUUGGAGUCCCUGUCUGUGGCCAGGAACGUCAUCAUGAGGUUGGACUCAUCCAUCUUCACAAACCUGACACAGCUUCUGGAGCUGAACCUGGAGAAAAACUACAUCUUUGAGAUUGACAAUGCUUUUGAAGGGCUGCAGAGGCUGCAGAGGCUCAACAUAGCUUACAACUACCUCCCGUGUCUGGUGGGGUUUGGCUUGACCCAGCUCAGGGUGCUCAAUGUCAGCAACAAUGUCAUUGAGUGGUUUAUGACCCUGCAAAGUGAUGACCUCUUUGAGCUGGAGGUGCUGGACCUGUCCCACAACCACCUCCUGUUUUUCCCUGUGCUGCCCCAGCAGAGCAAGCUGCACUCCUUGCUGCUGCAGGACAACAGGAUGAGCUUCUACCAGCGUCUACCCAAUGGCACCUCCCUGGCCAAUGUCACUGUGCAGUUCCUGAUCAUUGAUGGCAACUCCACCAACAUCACAACGGUCAGGCUCUGGGACGAGCUCUGCCACAGCAACCUCUCCUCCCUGCACCUCCUGGACAUGAGCCAGAACCAGGUCUGGGGCCUGCCAGAUGAUUUCCUGGCCCAGAUGCCCUCCUUGACUCACCUAAAGCUCAACCAGAACUGCCUGGAGGCAUUUCACCUGUCAGAGAAGGACCCCUUGGCCAUGCUGACAGACCUGGACCUCAGCCAGAAUCAGCUGGUGGAGCUAGGGAUGAAGGUGGGCACUGGGGACAUCCUACCCAACUUGCAGCUCUUCAAUCUCAGCACCAACAGGCUGCAGGGCCUUCCUCCCGGGAUUUUCACCCACACCAGAAAGAUCACUACUCUGGACCUCAGCCACAACCGGGUUGACCUCUGUCCCCAGCCAGGUGAGGCCGAGAGUCUCCCCUGCGUGGACAUCAGGGGUGUGGAGACCUUAACCCAUCUCUCCUUGGCUGGCUGUGGUCUGCAGGGGCUGAGCAGCCACCCCUUCCAGGGGACAUCGCUGAUGCAUCUGGACCUCUCUGACAACCACCAGGUGCUGUCAGGGGACCUGGGGUGGCUGCAGGACCUUGUCCUGACACUGCAGGUGCUGUCUCUGAGGAACACCAGCCUCUCUUCCACCACUGUGGACUUCUCUGCCCUGAACAGCCUCGUGCACUUGGACCUUUCUGGGAAUUCCUUGUCUGUGUUCCCCAGCUCGCUGGGUACCCUGAGGCUGCACAGCCUGGACCUGCGGGACAACUGCCUCCCGGCGCUGCCGCCGGACUUGGCACAGGUACCACUGGGGAGGAGCCUGCGGGAGCUCUACGUCAGCCGAAACCCCUACAACUGCUGCAUGCUGGGCUGGUGGGACGCCCUGCAGCAGGUGGAGGGACUGUGUGUCCCCGAUUGGCAGGAGGUGACCUGCAGCCACGGCUCCCACGCACUGAGCCCCGGCGCACUGCCCGAGCCCGUCCUGCAGAGCUGCCGAUGGCAGACGGCCGACCUGGUGCUGCUCUACCUGGUGCUGGCUCUGCCCACCUGCCUGACGCUCCUGGUGGCCUUUGUUGUCAUCUUCCUCAUGCUCAAGGAGAAGCUGCUGAAAAUGGUGAAAACCCGGUGUGGGGUGUCCAGCCCUUACUAAUGGCUGAGGAAGGGCUCAGGAAUAGCCAAUAACAGCAGGUGCUCAGGAGUACAGGUGAUAACCCCUCCGUAGUGGUCAGGAUGGAAACCUGAUGGAUGCAGGACAGGAGGUGCUGGGAGAGCUGCCAUUCCUGCCCUAAUGGUACCCAAAGGAUGUGGGCCAUGUUUGGUGAUGUAGUGCUGGGAAUCCACAAGGAACAUGUCUUCAGCAGAAACCUUCAGCUGGUGUUGGUGAGAGCUGAGUGGACACGACAUCAAACAUUCAUUGGCUGAAAGGACAAGUUGCCCAGAAAAUCUGUGGAUGCCGCAUCUGUGGAAGUGCUCAAGGCCAGGUUGGAGUGGGCUAGGAGUGGUCUGAUCUAGAGGAAGGUGUCCCUGCCUAUGGCUGUUGUAACCAGAUGGGUUUUUAAGGUCCCUUCCAACACAGACCAUUCUGGGAUUCCGUGACAGUUUUCUCCAGCACUGCUUUCCCCCUCCCUCACUCCUUCCAGCAGUUCCUUUUAUUUAUUCCCACCUGUAGCCAAUUCAAAAUGUCCUCUAGAUCUGCAACCACCCUCCACAAAGUGUUCCAGGCUGGAAUAAAUAUCACCUGGGCACUGCGGAGAAGGGUCUCUGUAGCUACAGCUUUCCACACUGCUCUUGCUGGCACUGCCAAACAUGCAGGCAGCCCUGAUCAUGCACCACGUGCAUGUGCUGAUAAAGACAGGCGCUGGGUAGGGCUGAAAGACACAUUUUAGGGUGUUGUUUCUUCACUAAGUCACAGUCUGGGUUAGAAAAGUUUAUUAAAAACAGCCCAAGUUAUUGACUGAAAAGCAGGAGGGUAAAUUAUAUCCCUCAGCGAUGUUUUAUCAUGGAUUUAUAUUUCUUCAGUGACUGCUGGAUUAAAUAUACAAAGGAAACGAAGAGAAAUCCUUCCUCCUUGUUGUGCAAGCCCUGCUCCUGCAGGCGGUCGCUCCAGCAGUGCCCAGGGGUUUCCUUCACCCAGCUCCCUCACAGCACACUCUGGCUCUCCCAGAGCAGCAAGCACUACCUGGGGAAGUUCUGCUCUGUUCCGCAGGCAUCACUGAGGGGAAAGGAGAAGCGAUGGUGGUUUGUGCUAAGCCAAGAGCCCUUCUGAGAACUGGAGUGGCUUUAUUCCUGGGCACUGUUGGGAUUUUUCUAGUGAAACAUGUUUAAUGGGAAUGGGGUACAGGGAAGCAUGCAGCAGUGUUGGAGUGGGAAUUCAGGGGACUUGUCCUUGCCCAGGUGUGGGUGGGCUCAGUGAUGUGGGGUGUGCCAGGGGGCUCAAGCCCAGUGGAGUUGUCCUGAGGGGUGCUGGAGGGAGAUGCCUGAGGCUGGCCUGAAGCUGGGAGGAUUUUCCUGGGAGGUUUUCCUGGGAGGAUGCCAGGGAUGGUGCAGGCAGGGGGAGCUAAAGCUGACUGCAGGACAAGCCCCUCCCAUGCACAGGUGUGGGACUAGAGUCAUGGGGGAGACUGGUGUGGCUGGUGGCUGUGCAAGGCUGGAAAAAUGGAUGAGUGGGACCCUGCUAGACAACCCAGCAGCUCCACUGGGGCUGAGUGCAGUAAAGGCUCUGGAAACCCAGCUGUCAGAUCUGGCUCAGAAAUGACUGCUUUCUGCCCCAAUUUUAGACUGAAAUAGCCAGAACCAAAGCAGGCCCCAACUGGGGAAUCCCUCAGCCUCUUUCAACCCUUCUUUUGCCUGUAAGCUGCACGCUGGGAGACAGCAGUGACCUAUAAAUACAUCCCUGUGCCAUCCCCCAGCUGUGUUCCAGUGUCUCCUUGCUGGCAGGGUGAGCAGCUGCCCCUGUGAGCUCCCCUCUCCCUGGGGCAGGGUUCAGAGGGGGAUGGGUGUCCUUCCCCAUCUCCACAGCCAAUGCUGCUGCUCCAUCCAGUGUGGGGUGUGUGGUGCAGUCAUGGGAGAACACACAGGGAGGAACCUGGGCACCUUGCACUGUCCAGGACAUGGAUAAAAAGGGGGUGUUCUUAACUGUGUGGAGCUGAUGAGGGUACUCAACAUUCCCUCAUCACAGUGCCUGGAAAGCCGUGGCUCACCUGAAGCUCUGGUAUGAAUGGGAUGUCGGGGCAGCAAGAGGAGAUUCCACUUUCUGAAUGGUGGGUGUCCUUACAAAGCUGCUCUCACCAUCAUGGUGAUCAGGGAAGAUCCUUGGUCACUGGGGAGCCCAAGGGUUCCACCCAGCUUCAGUAAUGGCCAAAAGGUAAUCCCAGAGAGAACAGGGCAGUUUCCUGCUGGGAAAACCAUGGAAUGAAUGUUCUUUGGAGCACAAUUCUAGAACAAGAGUGUGGCUGGAAGAAGUCAGCAGGGACUGCUGAGGCUAAGUUAUGCCUGCCCAACUUGCUUUCCUCUCGGGAUGAAAUGGAUGGAUCUGAAGGCAAGGGGAGAGUGGCGGAUUCUGUCUGCCUCGGCAAGGCUUUGUCCCACAACACUCUUCAUAGAAGUGCAGAUGUCACAGUCUGGAUGGGAGGGCAGCCAGGCAGGUCAGGAGCAGUGGGAGUGAAGUGCAGAGGGCUGUGGUUAGUAGGAUGUGCUCUAUCAGGAGGCUGCUGAGGGGACUGUCUUGGGAUCUGUCCCAUUUCAUGUCUAUACACAUUAUCUAAAGCUGGCUGUAAAAUGCCUUCCUGUCAAGUUCACAGAGGAUCACUGUCGCUGCCCGCUCGGCCCUUUUUGCCUCAGCCAGCUGUGGCCGAUGUCAGCGGCAGGAGUGGGGAACCAGGCAAGCACUGCGAGGCUCAACCUGGAACCUCCAGAGCUCCUCUGCGCUCUGGCGUUUUGGCUCACAGGGCGACACGGGUUGUGGCGAAGGGAGAAAGAGUGCUCAGGCUCUCCCGAUUUCCCAGGAACAAGAUCCCAAACUGGGAAGACCUGUACAGCUGCAUGCUGAAGGUCUGGGGUGGGCUGGAAGAAUGGGCCAGCAGGAACCUCAUGACCCAGGCACUCAUUUGGCCUCAUGUAGCCCUCAUUGGAGAAGAGGCCAUGACCAGGGCUGGGCACAGGCCAUGUCUUCUGAGCCUGGCCAGGGUAAAGCUGGGGGCAGGCUGUGAGUGGAGGAGAGGUUCCCAGGUGCUCUCUCCCUCACAAGUGGGAGAUCUUUUUGUGUUGUUACAUUGCAAUUGUUGAGGUGAGACCUGUGCCAGACCCCUGCAUGCCCUUUCUGGUCCUGGGAGAGUUGAGUCAGUCCUUACAUAUUUUUUAAUUUUGCCAAGUGAGGCCUCAGCUUUCAUUUCUCUCCUGACUGAAGACCCUCUUGGCCAAGCGUGAGCUCCCUCAUCCUCUCUAGUGAGGGCAAAGCACUGUGGUUUAACAGACACUUGUUCCAUGUUUUUCACAGCAGCAACUCUCAUUUUGGGGUGUAGGAGGAGAGCUCUUCCAGCUGCUCCUCUAGUGACUCCUCUUAGUUAUGUCAGGCAGCAGUUUGUUGAGGUCCCUCAAUUUGGGAUGAAAACCUAUCUCACCCACAGCUCACACAGUUCAGGAAGCUUUUGGAGUUGUAAAAUUUCCCUAAGAAUCCUAAUCUUAGUACUCCAGUUCUUACACGAGAGCAGGACUGAUCUAGUGGAGACCAGCCAAGGUAGACAGCUGGAUUAAAACCUUUGGUGGGAUGAGUUUGUCUUACUCUAGAACCACCCCCAGCCUUCGACCUUUUACCACUCUGGUUUUUCAGGUACUUUAAGCACAUUCUCCCAGCAUGUGAGCACUUAGGAGGAAGCAUCAUCCAGGAGUGUAAGGGUCCAAACCACCCCACUGCAGCAGUCUGAAAUCACUGUGUUUUCAAAAGUACUUUCAAGACUAAUAAAUUUUCAAGAUAUUCCUUCUCUUA